CAAAUUCAUGCCUGUCACUAUAGUGGCUGCUAGUUCCAUAAACCCUACCGGCCUGUGAUAAACUCACUCAGGUUAUUUGGUACACAGUUCCACAUAUAACUACCAAAUUAACUGGAAUUAUUGUAUUUGAGGAACUAUACGAAUCCAAAAUUGCUAAGGACCUGAGACUAUAUGGAAAUAAGAAGUGAGGGAACACAAAUCAACCAGUUUAUAUGAGCUCGUCAAAAAGGUGUUCAAUAAGGGAAUGAGACAAAUAGAAGGCGCCUAUUGCCAACCGUGACCUUGGUUUGAAUAUCAUGAGCUUAUUCGAGCUUCAUAAACCUUCUCUCCUCGAGGUGUCAUCUGCACUUGAAAGUCAUUUAAAGAAUUGUUUCGAAACUGUCAAGUGCUCGAUUGUUGAUUGUCCUGAUUUGACAAGUUCACCAUAUGGCCUUACCUUACGAGGGUUGAGUGGUAAAGCAAUAAUCUGUGAUGUUGGCAGCUUUGAUUACCUUUUGCCUGUCCCUAAAAAGGAUAGGCAUUAUGACCUUUUAGACGUAUUUCGAAAUGCCGGGGUAGCUGCUGGUGCUGUAAUCGGGGCUGGUGCUGGACCAUUUUUUCUUACUGGAUCGAACUCUGAGAUGGUUAUAAAUAUUUCUUCUGAAAGUGGUGUUGUAAAAAAUGGUUCGUUAUUUGGAUUAUACGAUAAAGAGAAUAAUAAACCUUUGCUAACAAAAGCUGAUAAUACCAAAUUUGCUUUGUUAGGUCAAAUGUUCAUGUGUGAAGGUAAACCUGGACCGGUUAUCGAAUUAAAUGUAUCUGGGCGUAUUCAAGAUGGAAAAUUCGAUGCUAUGAUUCGUGAAGCAUUACAUGUAAAAUAUGGUCAUUUAAAUAAUGCUGUUGGUUUGGGUGGAGUUAUAGUUCAAGAAAAAGGCAAAUCAUUGUAUCACGUUCUUCCUGAAUUCUCACAAGAACCAAUUGAUUCAGGUGAGAAACUUCGUAAUUGGAUUAAAAUGUUUGAAAUGGAAUCUCCUGUGAUUUCAGUUGGAAUUGCUGUAUCACAUGAUCCUGUAAGUUGUUUAUGUUGUUCCUUUAUUACAUAUGAUGAUAUCCCUUUAUAUUUAAUUAAAUAAAUUGUCAAUUGAUUUAACCUGUUAGAGAUGAUAUUCAGUGUGGAAUUUCUUCUUGAUAUGUUAUUAUCAAUCAAUCGACCGUAAGAAGUAUAUUACUUAAAACAGAUCAAUAAGUCAAUUCAAGUUCCUAUAUCCGAAGUAUUCUCACAGUGCAAGAACAAAACUAGAAGCAAAUUAUCACAGAUUCCAAGUUUUAUACGUCCACCGAUUUAUUAAAUCCAUUAAUGAAUUAGUCCUCUUUUUGUUCUGUUAGGCCCUAGUAGCCUUUACUCAUCCACCAAGUUUACUGACGUGAAUUGGUUCAUUUAAACUCUUUCUGUCUUCAAACUGCCCAUUUAAGACAUGAGAAAAUCUUACAGAUUAAUGGUGUAUAUAUUUUCUGACUUAAAAAAAUUUCACAUGACCAUUAUAUAUAUACAUCAAAUAUUAAUGCGCAGUAUGCUCCCAAAUGCCCUGGUACGGCCGAGAGUGAGGAGAGUCCGCUCCCCCUCUCCAAAUGCUCUCACAUGGCCACGCGUAUAUAACCUCUGUCAGGGAAGUCCUACUCAUUGCCUUCUCGUGGCGGGGGUGUUGGUUACGAAAUUGCGAGGACGAAAAGCGAAUGUCCGGUGCUUUAACCGGAUCCCAAACCAAUGGUGCACAUGGGCUCCAGUAUCCUGCGGGAACAAAUGGCGUAUGCACCAAUUGUUGGUCACCGGCUACCAUAGGAAUGCAUCUCCUUACGUCGCUCCACUGCCUUGUGGAUCAGACCUUCAGGUCGAAGGCUCGGGGAGUGGCCCCCUAAGAAAACCGCCUGCCUCGGUUUGGGUACCCAGUCAGUAUCACAGCCCUCACACAUAUCAAAUGAGAUCUGUGUGGCGCGUAUAUAUUUGGUGCCUCUUUGUACCAAUAUCUAUGUGUUAAAAUAAAUAAAUAAUAAAAUAAUGCGCAAUAUAUCAUAAGUGGGAAAUCACAUUCUCUAGGUUAUUUGUAGCUUAAAAUUGAGCAACAAGCACGUGAUUAAUAAGCUGUAAUUUCCCAACAGUUAAUGAGUUCAAUGACAAGCUUACUAUUAACGUGAUACAAUUUAUCCCAUUCAAAUAAAUCUUUGAUAAAUACGCAAUAUGAGUAGUUUAUGUAAUAAUCCAUCGUAGAAUAAUCUUCAAUAUUCUAUCUUUCUCAAUUAUUUUACCCUUAUGCUAAAACAAAUGAUUGAGAAUAAUAACACUACCAUAUGGUAAUGAUAAUCUAAUCAGUAACAGCGUAGUAUACUGACGAACUUAAAAUAGUCGGGACAAAUUUCCAGCUAGUUUCUAGUCAAUCAGAGAAGAGCUUUUAUUAAAUGGAUAAUUUAUGGAAAAGUAAACAAUGAUAUUACUCUGUCUGUUAAUCGAGAAAAUAAUAUAUAAACCCGUCCUAAUGAUCAUCUUAUUGAACCCUUAAAAGGAUCUAAAGAGAUUUUUGAGAAUCACCAUUUUGUUCUUGGUUAGACUUAGGUAUUUAUGGUGUGAGGAGGCUAGCGUUUUCGUCGCAAAUUGACAUCAGCUAUAAUGUAAAAAUAUUCUGGUCGAAAAAAGUCCAAUGUCUUCAUGAAAUAAUAUUACAUUUUAACCUGGUCUCCUCUAGACUUCUUACUACCUCAGUCAGUCAGCUACAACGUAGGACCAGGCACAUAUAUGCAUCGGUCCAAGUUGCCAUACCUCAUUAGCACAACAAGAUGAACACCGAAUUCAUAGAAUUAGUUUAUUCCAUGGUGGUAAUAUAUAAAAGAAAGAUUCCAUAUAAGGAUAUAGUACAAGAAGAAAAAAUAUUUGGUAGAAAGAAUGAUAUAAAGCAAUUCUCAUUACCUACUCUUAUGUUAAUCACCAGCAUGGAGCACGCCAUUAUAGAUGAUGGGUAGAUAUAAUGCGUAACAUGUGUUUCAAUCAUCACAGUCGACAGAUGUUCACAUGUUCAUCAAUUUAUUGAUCAUAUCUACCUAAUUUUCAACAGUUUUCAAAGUGUUAACCCCUUUCUAGUGAGACCUAAACAUAUAUUAUCAGGACUAAGUCUUUGAACUUACAUUAUUAUUAUUAUCAUCAUUAAUGUUGCCAUUAUUAUUCUUACUACUAUCAAUGUUAUUAUCACUAAUUACUAUUAUUAUUGUCACUAUCCGUUAAGUUCGCUACUUGAUUAACGCAGCAUACGUUUUACGACUACGAUUCUCGAACGUUGGAACUUCACCGUCGCAAAUCAGGAGACAGUAGAAAAGCUGCAGAAGUGUUUAUUUGGUAAAAAUCGAAAUGUACAGAAAAUCACGGCUAUUUAUAGAUAUUAACAUUUGUUAAAUCGACAUUAUAAUUCGGCCAAUCCGCAAGGAGACGUAUUAUGUUACUGUUCAAUUGUAGCAUGCCACGUUAAUAUUCUAGGAAGCUCUAUCGUGUUCUGAUUGGAUGGGAACUCUUAGGCUCCUUUAGGGCCUCUGGAGGUUCCGUUGUAGUUCUCGGAAUCCGACUCAACACCUCCUCGGAACAAGAUUUCUUCCUAGAAUCCACUUGUAGCUUGACAACUGGUUUGUGGCGGCGUUCCAUUAUUUUUACUGUCUUCCUUGUCCAAAACUUAUUUUCAGUGUUCUUGUGCGUAUAUAGUGUUGAUGUGUCUGAGAUUGACUCUAACGGAAAAUUCGGCUGAUUAUUUUGAAUACGCAUCGUUCUUUUAUCUUUAUGGAUUUGAUUUGUAUAUCAGAUACGUGUUCCAAAGGUUCCUCGGACUCUGUACAAAACAUUUCCCAAUCUGCGUACGACUUAUCCCGGUUCCCAUCGAUUCUAUCCGAGGUGGGUUUUAAUGAACACUUUGUCGCCAACAUUAAAGCUUCGGAUAUUAAGAUUGUGACUGUGUCCAUCCGCUAUUUUGGGUGGCAACAUGUCGUUGAAAAUGGUCCGAAUACGCCUUCCAAACAUGGCCUCAGCGGGAGACUUACCAUCUGGGACGGUUGGGCUCGGAGUGGUUCUGUAGGUCGUUAAAAAUUUUGUGAUGACCUGUUCAGUUGUCCCCUCGCUUCCCCCUUUCAGUAAUGCUCGUUUAAAAGUGUCCACAAAACGUUCUGCUUGUCCAUUUGAUUGCGGAUGAUAGUGUGGAGAACAAAGAUGAGUUAUUCCAUUUGUGCUACAGAAAUAAUUAAACGAUUCUGCAAUGAAUUGCGAGCAAUUUUCAGUUACUAAGAUCUCCGAAACUCCAAAGCAGCUAAAUAAAGUAGAUAACUUUAGGGCUUUCGUACAUUCUCCUAAUCCUUCUUUAAACACGUUGUGGCGUCUUUGUAGCACACCCCGUCGUCAGAGAUCUUGUUUUUUUCAUUCACUUAUAAUUUAUAUCUGUCUUUAGAAAGAUGACUGGUUUAUUGAUUAGUUUGACUGGAAUAGAAAUGAAAGUUAUUCUCCAACAGUUAAUAAUCUAUCUCAUUUUUAGUUCUAUUCGUCUCAGUUUUAUCUCAUUUAAUGUAUAAUCGAAAAUCAGGGAACGCUUUUAAUGCCUAUUGUCUAACUUCCUAAAUGAUCGGACGAUAUUGAUGCUAAUGAAAUAUUUAUGUUCUAAUUGGCUUCAUAUGUGUUCUACAGACUUGACACGUUUAAAGGAACGUUAUAUCAGAUGUCAAAUAUGAAGAUACUUUUAGAAACGUAUUUUUCAGACAUCCUUUAAUGCAGACAGACGAUCAGAGAUGUAGAUUUGUGAAGGUAAACAGGCCUACUCGAUUUUAUCAAAAUAUGACAACACUUAUAAACAUGAGAGAUACAAUGUAUCAUUGAGAGAUGUUUUAUCACACACAUACCGGUGACAGAAAGAUUAGGAUAAUGCCUCUGUCCAUAUCGCAUAGGCGGAUAACAUUACUAAUUGUUGCAUACUGAGUGUCCGUUUUGUCCUAGCAUUGUACUCCUCACUAAUGUGUGUCUUUGGCCCAACUAGGAAUCGAACUCAGGACCUUCAGAUCUCGUGGCUAAUACUGAAUAGUUCGGACCACUGAUACUGUCUUCUAGUGGUAUUAUUUGAACUUCAAUCAGUUCAUGAUGUAGCGUGAAUGUCAUCCUAUAUUAUUGGUGCAGAAACUGUUUUACUCUUGACAUGUCACGAUGAGACAACUGUCUAGUGUUCCCCGCUUUUCAAUACUAUCUCAACUCGUAUCUCUCUUUUUGAUGGACACAACUUAUAAAUUGAAAAUCAAUUUCUACCAAACCUCUUAAACCAAACUAAUUUUAUGUUGUUGUUGUUGUUUUCCUCCUUUUUUUCCAGCAUCAUCUUGGUCUACGCUUAGAGCAUUUUCAUUGUUUUAAUCAAGAUCAAACAAAUUGUGGACAUUGUCAUUUUGAUACAUAUGGUCCAACUGUAUCCUAUCGUUGUUAUUUUUCAAUAGCUAAUCAUUUGUUACGUAUUGAUCAACCAAGUAAAUCAUUAUGAGAAACGAUUAGUUUUCUUUUUCUCCACCCCCCUCUUUCUCUUUGUUGAUUUUGUUCUUGUUUGUGUUAUUUUUCUCAGGAAAAAAAAGUUGGUUAGUUCAAUCUUUCUACUUUUAUCAUGUUGACUUUUCUCAAUUUAUUAGUAGUAUUUAGUAGUAUAUAUUACACUACUAUUAUUUAUUCGGUGGGCAAUAAAGAAUAGUUAUUUUUUUUCGAUUAUCCUUUGCUUAUUUCUCAUAGACAAUAGAUUUGAAGUUGAUGUUAAGGGGGGUCUAGUUAGGUUGAUUGAUAAGUAUAAUAGUUGAUAAGAAGUCUUAAUUGACUUACAUUUCUUACUGUAGUAUCUGGGGUAAUAAUGUUUUUCAUUGAUAAUCGAUAACCAUUGUAAUUUCUAUGGUAUAAAGUGAGAAUUACAAAAGGUUGAUACAAUGAAGGUUUAUUAAAUCUGUGAAAUCAUAUCGUUGUUAACCCAAAUACAUUCAUUAAUAUACAGAUUUUACACACAAUCAA